AUGAACCCGUCCUAUUACGACCUGGAGGACACGUCACCCGAGGGCGUCAGCGAGUUCCUGUCGUCACUCGUGGAGGGCGUCCUGCGGCAGCUGGAGGACGACGGCUGCGUGGAGCUUGAUGGAGAGGAUGAGGGGUGCGUGGCCCCCACCCCCCUGGGUCGCGUGGCGUCGUUCUACUACCUGCGCCACGCCACCGCGGGGCUGCUGGCGCGCGCGUUCAGGGGCAGGCAGCUGGGGCACCAGCAGGUCCUUGAGGUGCUGUGCUGCUGCAGUGAGUACGACGAGCUGCCCGUGAGGCACAACGAGGACAAGCUCAACGCUGAGCUGUCAAAGGAGGUGCGGUGGCCGCUGGACACCUUUGGGCGCGGCGCGGCCAAGAACCCUGGCCUGCCGGGCGGCAAGCGGCUGGGCGGGUACGACGACCCGCACGCCAAGGCGUGCCUGCUGCUGCAGUGCCACAUGGGCCGUGUGGCCCCGCCCAUCAGUGACUACGCCACAGACACAAAGGGCGCCCUGGACAACAGCGUCCGCAUUUGCCAGGCGCUGGUGGAUGUUGCUGCUGAGUCUGGUGCGCUGGGCACUGCACUGGCGGUGAUGGAGCUGGUGCAGGGGCUGGUGCAGGCCAGGUGGAUGGACGGGCCCUCCCUGGCGACACUGCCGCACGUGGGCGCAGCGGAGGCGCGUCAGCUUGCCGCCGCAGGGUUUAGCGCGCUGCCGCAGCUGCUGCACGCGCUCCGCGGCGGCGGCGGCGGCAGCCAGCAGCAGCAGCAGCAGCAGCAGCAGCAGCAGCAGCAGCAGCAGGGCGAGCGGCGGCGGGCGCUGCAGGCGCUCGAGAAGGCGCUCGGCCCCGCGGCGGCCAAGGAGGCGGCGGCGGUGUGCGACCGGAUGCCGCUCUGCUCGGUCUCCUGGCGUGCGCCGCGGCCGGCGCCACGGGCGCGGCGGCGGGACGGCGACGGGGAGGGCGGGCCCGAGGGGCGGCAGCAGCAGGACGACGAGCGGGAGGCGGAGGGGCAGGACGAAGAUCAGAUGAUCUUGGAGGUCGAGAUCGCGCGGCUCGGCGGCAGGGGCCCGGGCGGCGGCGGCGGGGGCGGGGCCACGGCUCCAAGGGUGUACGCGCCUCGGUUCCCCAAGCUCAAGGAGGAGGGGUGGUGGCUGGUGCUGGGGGACGCAGCUUCCCGGGAGCUUCUGGCGCUGCGGCGCGUGAGCUUCGGGGGCCGCGGGACGACGACCAACGAACACUCCCACUGA